AUGGCUUGUGUCGAGGCACCGGCGUCCCCUAUUCUUAUCCCAGUUAUACUUUUGGCAAUUCAACUUAACCUUCAGCCUGAAGGCAACCUCACAUUUGCUCUGAGUGCCGUCAACGACACAGGAGACACUUUUAUCCACCUGUCUGGACCCACAGCAUACCAAUGGAUCGCCAUUGGCACAGGGUCCCGGAUGCGCGGCAGUGUCAUGCUCAUUGUGUACAAGAAUGAAACUGGAGGCAUCACACUCUCGCCGCGCCUAGCCCCUGGGGAGAUACAACCAAGCUACAGUUCCACCAUCGACUGCAAGUUGCUAGCGGGGGGCAUAUCUCAGCAGCCCAGUCAGUCAACAACCAGCAGCAGCACGUCAGCUUCCAGCAUAUUCUCGGCAGAUGUACAUUGCACAAAUCUGCGCUCGCUCGGUCGCGACAGCGGCAAAAUCUCCUUUACAGACUCGAACCAGCCCUUCAUCUACGCCCUCGGCCCCGACUCGGCCCCGCUCACCAGCAACUCUGUCUCUGCAAACAUCCAACAGCAUGACUCGUACGGCACAUUCUCACUCGACAUGGUCAUUGCUACGUCUGCCUCGUCGAAGAGCACAGGUGGCCAGGAAGUCGGCGUGCCCACUGGCAGUGCACUCACAUCUAGCCAAGGCACUUCGGGCGGCAGGGGAGGCGGCGACGGUGAAGGCCUUGACAAUACACACGCUGCAUUCAUGCUCGCCGCCUUUGUCAUUCUGUUUCCCCUUGGCGCCGUGCUGCUCCGCUACGUCAAGAACGGCGUAAAAGUACAUGCGGCAGUGCAGAGUAUAGCUCUCGUCUGCACGGUCAUGGGCGGCGCAAUUGGCAUCAAACUAAGCUUGAGGUCGCCGGCUAACGCGUCCUUUGACGACCCGCACCAGGUCCUUGGUCUGAUCAUCUUUGUGCUCGUCUUCGUCCAGUGGGGCCUCGGCCUGGUGCACCACCUACGCUUCCGAAGAUACAUGCAGCCGACGGUGCUAGGCAAGAUCCAUCGCAUUGUCGGGCCAGUCGUGCUCUUAAUCGGCUUCGUCAAUGGCUUUUUGGGUUUCCGCAUGACUCACGAUGAGCAUAAAAUCAAAUGGCUAGGUGGUGUUGUUGGUGUUGUUGCACUUGCUACGACUGGCUUGCUGGUAUGGAAGCAAGUGCAGAAGAGGAGUGUGAAGCAGGACCCAGCCUUGGAAAUGAUGAGAAAAUGA